UGAGAGUUAUUAGAAAACUUGUACCAUUAAAAGGGAUUUUAAUUCAACUUUCUAAGUACCCUGAGCUUGAGUUUUCAUUUUUACAGUAGAUAUAUAGCCAAGCACAAGUUAAUUAAAAGAGAAUGGAAAGCAAAGUUGGUGAAUAUCAAGACUUGUUACCAGUGAUGGCGGAGAAGCUGGACGUGGAUACCUUUGUUAAGGAGCUAUGUGGAGGAUUCCGGCUACUGGCUGACCCGACGAUCCAGUUGAUCACACCUUCUAGUUUGCAGAAAAACUCUGGGCUUUGGGGGAUGGAGGGAAUGAGCAGAGAAGAUGCAGAGGCUAUGGUGAGAGAAGGAGACUUGGAUGGUGAUGGAGCAUUGGACGAAAAUGAGUUUUGCAUCCUCAUGGUCAGACUUAGCCCAGAGAUGAUGCAAGAUGCUGAAACAUGGCUUGAAAAAGCACUCCUCCACCUAAUGGACUAAGUGAGUCCAAAGAUACGCUUAACAUGGUGUGAUAUUGUCUGUUAUGUUAUUAAGAGUAAUCAUCUAGUAGUUGUGACUUGUGAGUGCACAUAACUCAUUUCAAGUACUAUGCAUCCGCAUUGGUCAUUGCUAGCGUAUUAUUCAUGUAUGAUGCAACAAAUGCAUCGAAAUUGUACGUGUGUAAUGAAUUCCAUGUUAAGUAGUAUAGUAUUCUGUUUCUAACCCCUUAAUAACCAUCUAGGUGAUAACUUGAUUUCAUCGUACAAGAACGUUAAAUGGGCAGCAUCUAUCAAGAUUGGCACCUGUCCCUACCAGAAAACAAAACAAUCUUGCGUCUAGACAGACUUUGGAAGUGUUAUGGACAAUCUUCUGAAAACGAAAAAGUGUCUCGUAGUUGGUUUCAGAAGUGACGGUGGGUGCUGAAACCAAAUAACCCAGAUUAUAAUAUCGGUUCUACUCUCUGAAACAUGUUUGCACAAACCUGAACCUGAAAUUUUCACUUCCAUCGGAUCAGUGUAGUUCCAGAAAAUGAGGGCAUUGGUAUGUUUUCUCUGUUUCCACUCGUUCAGUACAAAUUGUACUAGAACGUUACUUCG